AUGGAGUAUUCUUUUCUUCAAGACUUGAACAACGACAAUGAUAGUUGGAUGAUAAGGAUUAGAAUUUGUAGAAUAUGGGAGUCUACUAACACCAAGAAGAAUGAUGAAUUAAUUAGUUUAGACAUGAUUUUUAUUGAUGAGAAGGAAAAUGUUAUGCAUGCUACAAUUCGGAAGAUUUUUGUCUCCAAGUUUAAAAAUCUUUUGAGUGAGGGUUCUUUAUAUAGUGUGAAGAAUUUCAAGGUUAUUCCAAGUACAGGAGAGUAUAGGCCUGUUUCAACUGCGUACAAAAUUAUUUUUCAUCGUAAUACUUUAGUGAUGAAGUUAGAAGAAGGAAGCAUUAAGAUUCCGACUCAUGGAUUUCAAUUCAUAUCUCAAAAUUUGAUUGAUUCACGUGUUAAUGACCACACAAUCCUCUCAGAUGUUGUUGGAUGUUUAUGCGGUGUGGGAGACCUUGAAAUUGUUAGUGGAGAUUAUGUAGCAUCUUUAAUUGAGCGAUUUUCAACUGUCAUUAAUGGGGUGCAAGAUAUUGGAAGCUCAAAUGUGAAUAAGGUAUCACUUGAGGAAGAGAUGUUCAUCAAUCGAAUGAGCAUUAAAGAACUGCUAGAGGCUGAAUGGGAUGAUAAAUUGAAGGAAUACAAAGUUACUAUAAAGGCAAAGAUUAUUGGAAUAGAUACCACAUUUGGAUGGUACAAAAUUCAUAUAAAAGUAAAGGAUAAAAGUGGGGAGACAACUUUUGUCUUAUUCAAUGUUAUAGCUGAAAAAUUACUUGACACAUCAGUGAAGAAGCUAUUACCUACAAAUAACAAUGAUGUUCCUGCUGUGAUUCAAGCACUACGUGGAAAGGAUUUUGUCUACAAAUUAAGAUUGAAUGAUUAUAAUUUGAGAGAUGGAUAUGAAAAUUUCACCGUUUCUAAGAUUUUUGAGCCAAAUGAUAUAUUAGAGCAAGCACAUGAAUCGAAGAAGGAGAAGGAUUAUAAUUUGGAAGAUGAAGAUGUUGACGACACACAUGUUACUGGUGCUGGUGAAAGUAGAAAGAGAAAACUCCUCAUUCUUGAUGAUGAAGAUGAAGAAGCUGGUGAUAAUGUUGAAGAUGAAAAUAAUUAG